GCUAAGGAAUGUUGUCACGACGACGACGACGCCAAGAUGGAGUACACGGGUAGCAGUUAUGAUGGGGAUUACAAAAACGGACGACUAGAAGGCAGCGGGAAAUACACCUUCCCAACAGAGACGAGAUAUGAGGGUGACUUGAAGGACGGAAAGUUUCAUGGAAAGGGAACACUGUAUUUCCCAAAUGGGAGCAAAUAUGUUGCAAGUUGGGAGCAUGGAAUAGCUGUGGAGGGAAAGUACACAUUUGCUGAUGGUCUUGAAUAUGAAGAGGAGGACUGGCUAUAUUGUGAUGGUUAUGAUAGAAGGUUUUACACAGAGAUCUGCAAUGGAUUAAAACCUGCAGGUCGGUCACAACUAACAAAUCGUAUUCCUCCACGAGACAUCCCUGAAGGUUGCUAUGACUGUGGAGACGGUUUCUAUAAUCCAAAAACUAGAGUCAUUGUAGACUACAAUCACAAGUUUCUGAGAAAUGCUGAUGAUGAUGAGCAUGAUUGGAUCGUGAGAACGUGCCGGAAAGGUUGGGAUGAAUAUGUCGGGCAUCAACAAACAUUUGGAGAGGCAUGAAGUUCAUUUGUUUUCUAGAAUCAGACAUUUUCCUUCUUCCUUAAAACGGUAAUUUGAAGAUAUUUUAGAGAAGAGUGUUUAUUUAUCUCAUGAGUUGUCUUUAUCAUUCAGUAAUUUUCAUCACAAGGAAAUUUCUGUUUCCAUGAGGGGAGUGAAUUAUGUUAAUGAAAGGUCUUACAAUUAAAGAAUAAAAUAUUUCACGGCCGAUAGGGUUCCAAAGUAUUGUUACCAAGAUUAUACAUUCGAUUAUUAUUGUGCAUCACCUGUGAUAAAAAUUGUUUUGCAGAAAUUGUUCAGUGUUGGCCUUGACCUCACAAUAAAUAUUGUCACCGAAACAUUUCCAUAUCAGUGUAUUACACUGUAAGAACACAAUAGUAUGUAUCUAUGUAAAUAUAUAUGAAAAAAUAUAAC